CGGCGGGAAGGUCCGAGGAGUGGCGGGGGCGCGGGAGGUGAUGGAGGGUGGUCGGCGAGCGGCGCUCCUCGUCCCUUUGGAAAGCUCUGUCUGCUCCUGCCCCUUUAAGGCUGCUCCAGCUGUUUCCCUGACCAGGCAGAGAGAAAGCAGCGUUUCGGAGCAGAGGCAGGCACAGAGCUGAGAAAAGCUGCGAGGAGGAAGGAGCCGGUGCACCCAGCUCCCGAAAUUAGGCUGGCCUCUUUGCUUCCCACCCGCGACUCCCUGCUUUUGCGCACCGAACCCAAGACGGACUGCAGGAGCUAUGGAUGUCCUGUCUACUUGACCUGAUAGGGUACCUGAUCUCCGCCUUGAAUUCCAAACUGGGUGGCGAGUGUAGGGCUUUCAUCCCCCCUUCUUCCUUUCUCCUCUCUGCGAGAAGUUUGCAAAGGAGACGGGAGGGGGGAGCCCGCUCGCUUGACUCGAUCUCGAAGUUAGAGAGGGAUAUGCGAAGCAGGAGAAGCCCAUCCGCUCCUUCCUGAACCACCUUGGCAGGAACUGAAGGGCUAAGCCGUCCAGCAGAGAUGCUCUCCCAUCAGGACCAAGGCUGGGUCCCCCAAAGCGCUUGGGGAUUCUUAUGCGUUUGGGAUUGAAGGGGUCAAGAACUGUCCUCUUUUGAUUCCCUCCCCACCUCCUCCUCCUCCUGAGCUUUUGCCACACGGGAAGAAGGGCCCGGGAUCUAACCCAGGAUGAAGGGGAUCUUGUACAUUUUCACGCUGAUCCUGACAGAAGGGAUGACCGAUGUGGCCAGCUCGGCCCGGGACUGCCUGCAGGCUGGCGAAUCCUGCACCAAUGACCCCAGCUGCAGCUCCAAAUUCCGGACCCUCCGGCAAUGCAUCGCUGGCAACGGCGCCAACAAGCUGGGUCCGGACGCUAAGAGCCAGUGUCAGAACACAGUGACAGCCCUUCUGUCCAGCCAGCUCUACGGCUGCAAGUGCAAACGGGGCAUGAAGAAGGAGAAGCACUGCCUCAGCGUCUACUGGAGCAUCCACCACACCUUGAUGGAAGGCAUGAACGUCAUGGAGAGUUCCCCUUACGAACCCUUUGUGAGGGGCUUUGACUACGUCCGAUUGGCUUCCAUCACUGCAGGCUCCGAGAACGAGGUCACCCAGGUGAACCGCUGCUUGGAUGCCGCCAAGGCCUGCAAUGUGGACGAGGUUUGCCAGCGCCUUCGGACCGAGUACGUCUCGUCCUGCAUCCGCCGCACGGCCCGGGCGGACACCUGCAACCGCUCCAAGUGCCACAAGGCCUUGCGGAAGUUCUUUGACCGCGUGCCCCCCGAGUACACGCACGAGCUGCUCUUCUGCCCCUGCGACGACACGGCCUGCGCGGAGAGGCGCAGGCAGACCAUCGUGCCCACCUGCUCCUACGAGGCCAAGGAGAGACCCAACUGCUUGGCGCCGCUCGACUCCUGCCGGGUGAACUACGUCUGCAGAUCCCGUUACGCCGAGUUCCAGUUCAACUGCCAAUCCUCUGCGCAGUCUGCGACAGGGUGCCAGAGGGAGAAUUACGCUGCCUGUCUGCUGGCCUAUACUGGGAUCAUAGGUAGUCCCAUCACCCCAAACUACAUCGACAACUCGACGUCAAACAUUGCACCCUGGUGUACGUGCAACGCUAGCGGGAACAGGCAGGAGGAAUGCGAGAACUUCCUACACCUCUUCACAAAGAAUCUCUGCCUCCAGAAUGCCAUCCAGGCCUUUGGCAACGGGACGUACCUGAGCGCCGCCCUGGGCUCCUCCACCCCUCCCACGACGCAGAUGCGCAAGCAGGAGAGGAACGCCAACAAGGCAGCAGCCACCCUCAGAGAGAACAUCUUCGAACAGCUACAGCCCACCAAGGUAUCUGCAGAGGAGAAGCUUCUACAAGAUGCCACCCACCUAGCGUCUGACGGCUCCAGCUCAGCGCUGUCACUGGCCAUGAACGGCUGGUUGGUGAUGUGGUGUUCCACUUCUACCAGUACAUUCCUCCUGGCGUCCAUGUGAAUUGGAGCGCGCCCACACUCAAGCGCCCUGACCGGACUGCUCUCCGUUUGUUUGUUUUCGAAUCGGGGAGCUGGGGCGAAAGGCCUCACCAGCUCCUGGCUACCUCCCUCUUCAAGGUUAUCGGGAGGAAAGGAAAGACACUCAUCUCAUCAGCUUGUUUGUCGACACCUUUCUGGUGAGCCACAAUGUGUUCAUCUGUGGAAGGACCCAGAAAUCAGUCCCUGCAAGGAAGCGUGUGAUCCAUCAUGGGUUACAGCAAGGACUAAUUCACAUUAGCUUCUUUUGCCCCCCAUAUUUAGCAGGUCAGUAAAAGUUUCCUGCUUUGGUAGGCUGAAACAGUCUUAGGAACAUCCCCAGCACACUAGGAUUUUGCUGCCAUCUCGGAAAACCUUCCAAGAAUGGGUUGAAGUAGGCUAUCGCCCCAACUUCUCCAUGUUUUGAGUCAAAGAACUGGACUGCUUCAUCAUGCCAAUACUCCCAUCUUGCGGUAGUGACACCACCCAAUCUCCAUAUUUUUUUUAAGAAGGGGAGGGGGAGGGAAGAACUGAGCGCUUUGUCCUUGAGACCUGGGUCUCCAGACUCAGAAUGAGAUAGACAAGUCUGGGUAUCUUGACUCUCUCCUUGGCCACAAUUUUUGGGUGGGAAAUGGGGUCUAUAAUCUGUUGAGCGGAGGGCUUUGGUUUGAAAAUCCAUGCUUGUUUGGAGCUUCACGAGGAGAGUUUAGACAGGACCAGCAGGACUGAACUUCUGAACCACCCAUUCUUACCAGCAAGGCAUUGACUUGGUUCCAGCACAGCACCUCGAAGGAUAAAACCACACCUCACCUGAUACUCUACAAGAGAGCAAUUGUAGAUGGACCUGGAAUCUUCUCAUGCAACUGGUGUGUGCUUCUUCAGCCUGGGUGGCCCUUCUAGACACUUGUAUUGAAGGCCGAUUCAUGCUGCUGAUUCACUGAACUCCUCAACGCAAUCCACUGAGUUAAAUUUGAGAGACUCCCUUACUUUCCUCAGUGAUUUUCAAAGGACAGUUUGGUACUUACCGCAGAAAACCCAUCCCUGUAAUUUGGUCCAGGAAAGAGAUUGCAGGACAGAAGUCUUUAAAAUCUUAAUCUCAAACAUUUCAACCGUCUGGUAUUUUGAGAUCCCCAAACAACACAUCUUGCACAUCCAAACAUUUGCUGCCGGAAAACAGAAGCCACUGGAAUCGGAGGCAGAAUGUCACCUUCAGGACUGAUGUCCAGAUGCACAAAUUGACCACUCAGCCAAACGUUUGAAUUAUAUAUUCUCAGAGAA